CGUGCUCCACGGCGUCAUCCGGAGGAGUCUGUCACCACGACCUUCUCUGCUGCUUCAGUCUCAGCUGAUAAUGUUUCUAACAGUAACCGGGACGUUUUAGAUGAAAAGUGAUAAACGGGAGUCAGUCAGCAGAAGAAGAGAAACAUGCUCCGUUUCUCCUGUUUGGUUUUCAGCAGAGGAGCGGCUAGAAGGUUUGCCUCGUCCUUCUCCGGAGACGCUGCUUUACCUCCUAACCUUCUCCUCCCCUCGAAUCUUGUGGAUCCUGCCAGGUUAAAGCGUCCUCCACCUCCAGCGGACUCCCCGCUGCCUCUGCUCAGGAAAUGUAACGCUGCGAUUCCAGCUCACCUGAGCCCCGUGCAGACGUGGGUGGAGACCCUGGAGGGUCAGGACAGCCAACCGCUGGGUCUGACUGAGCUCCACCCUGACGUCUUUGCAGUGCCUCCGAGGCUUGAUAUUCUGCACGCUGUCGAAACAUGGCAGAGAAACUACAAAAGAAUUAGUCACGCCAACACAAAGCUGAGGUCAGAGGUGAGAGGUGGAGGCAAGAAACCGUGGAAUCAAAAAGGAAGUGGGAAAGCUCGUCAUGGAAGCAUCCGCUCACCGCUGUGGAGAGGAGGUGGGGUUUCUCAUGGACCAAGAGGACCCAACAGUUACUAUUACAUGUUACCCAUGAAGGUCCGAGUGCAGGGGCUGAAAGUGGCGCUAAGCUCCAAACUGGCUCAGCAAUAUCUUUACAUCGUGGACUCGCUGAAUGUUCCCACAGCAGACUCCCAGUACCUGCUGGAACUCAUCCGAUCCAGACACUGGGGAGAGUCUGUGCUACUGGUGGAUGUGUGUGACGAGUUUCCUGAAAAUAUUCUGCAGGCUACAGAAAAGCUGAAGACUGUGAACCUUAUUCCAGCCAUCGGUUUGAAUGUACACAGCAUGCUGAAACAUGAAGCCGUCAUCCUCACCCUGGACACUGUGAACUUCCUGGAGGAGAAGCUGCUUUGGCACGACCAGCGGUUCACACCUCUGUACCCGUUCAGGCUGCCGUACUCUGACUUCCCUUAGACCAGGGGUGUCCAAACUUUUUGCAAAGGGGGCCAGAUGUGGUGUGUUAAAAAUGUAGGGGGGGGGCCGACCUUGGCGGACAUUCUUUACAUAAAUCAGCCAUAUAUUUAAACAAAUUUCAGCAAGCUA